AUGGAAGCUUCCAGCUUCAGAGAUGGUUCAUCGGUCACGUCCAGCCCACUUUCUUCUCCGAAUAUCAGUACCCUUUUGAAGAUCAAGGUUCUCUCCUGGAGCCAGGAGACCGGUCUUCCUGCUUCUUUGCGUGUUCGAGUUCGAGACAAGAGUUUCAACCUUCACAGGAACCCUCUGUUCUUGAAGAGCGGAUACUUCAAGAAAAGGGAGGAUCAGAUAUCCGAGAUCGAGCUUGCUCCUGACUUCCCUGGUGGACCCGAGAUCUUCGAGAUGAUUACCCUGUUCAUCUAUGGCUGCCCAUUUUUUAUCGACCCUUUCAAUGUAGCGGCUCUCAGAUGCGCAGCAGAAUUUCUUGACUUGAAGGAAGAUCAGAAGGCGGGAAACCUCUGUGAAAGAUUCGACCUUUACCUCAACCAAGUGGUCCUGCAAAACUGGGACGACACAAUCCUUGUCCUGAUGAAAUGUCGGGAUCUAUUGCCUUGGUCUGAAGAUUUACUAAUCGUCAGCCGAUGCAUAGAGUCUCUGGCAUUUAUGGCAUGCAUGGAGAUUCUCGAUCCGGAAAGAAGACGGGAAAAGCCGGUUGUUAUGCUCGAAGGUUUUGAAAAUCAGCCAUGGAGAUAUAGAGCAGCAGAGAAAAUCAUUGGCCAGGAUAUAUGGAUCAGAGACCUCAUUGAUCUUCCAUUCGGAUUCUUCAAACGGGUUAUCGGCUCGUUGAGAAGACAAGGGAUGAAAGAGAAGUAUGUUAGCCCGUUAGUUGUGUUCUAUGCAAACAAAUGGGUGAUUUCAGAAGACAGCAAUGAUCUAACCACUUACCAAGUCAGUGAUGUUCUGCAAGGAACUCUGGAUCUCCUUCUGGCAAAAGAGAAGACAUGUAGGGCUGUUCCUGUUGGAUUUUACUUUGCGUGCCUCUCCAAACUGCUGAAACUCGGGCUGAGUUGCAAAACCGUGUCGAAGCUGCAGGAUCAUAUAGUUUCUCAUCUGCAUACCGCCCACGUCGAAGAUUUUCUCUACCCAGAAACCAGGAGAGGGCAAGUUGCAUUCGAUCAGGAGCUGCCUACCAUGGAAAGCAUAUUCUCAAAAUACAUAUCGUCUCAUACAGAUUCCGACAUUACUCCCUCAAUAAGCAACUGGAAAGUUGCUAAAUUGUGGGACAUUUACCUCUCUCGUGUGGCAAAUGAUGCAGAAAUGGAACCGACUAGGUUCACCGAGCUUGUUGAGACAGUGCCUAUGUCAUUCAGACAGAGCCAUGAUCAACUCUACCGUGCAGUGAACGCGUUUCUUCAGGUGCACAGAGGAAUUUCUCACGAUGAAAAGAGCUCGGUCUGCAGUUACCUAAGCUGCCAAAAACUGUCGCAAGAGGCGUCCAUUGAAGUCGUUCAGAACGAGCUGAUGCCACUACGAUUAAUCGUAAAGGCUCUCUUUGUCCAGCAGCUGAAUACACACCAAGCCUUCAAAGAAUGCUCAGACUCGUUUCGGUUCAUAAACAAUGGAGACUUCUCUGGUAGUCUUCCAAGAUCAAAACCCUUGAACUGCAAUGAGAGCCCCUGCACCGAUGAAGCGAUAAUGCCGAGAAGCAGACCCUUAGGCCUCUUGAUGAGGAAAGACGCAACGAUAGAGGAGUAUGAGUCCACGAGCUUCAGAAUCCAGAACCUCGAACAUCAACUCAUCUCCUUGAAGAAAAGCCUUCAGUCCCAUAACGACCUGGAAAGAACAGAGCCAAAGGUCCAAAGGGUUAAACCACUUGGCCUGGAGAAGAGAUCAUUGAGUAAGAACAGGAAUUCCUUCGGGGAAGUAACGGGUUGUAUCGGGUCUGUAACAUUUACUUCGCAGAGGAAGUAUGCCAAUAGGCUGCUUCGGGUUCUCAGACAGGUAACCUUGUUCGGAAGUAGAAGAUCAAAGAGAAAAGCAGGUGAAUAGAUGGCAGAGGGAUGAAAUAUGAAAUAU